CUCAUUCCUGCGUUUUACGUGCUAGGUCAACUUACUUUCAUUCAGCUUUAUCCAGUGACUGGGUUAAAACUGAUGGAAACUUUAUCGUGUUUGAAAAGUCUAAUAUCUCCCCUGAAGUAUUUCAAAUGAUAUUAAGAUAUUUAUAUUCUGGUACUAUUAACCUCGAAAAUCAACAUCCCACGCGUAUAAUGGAUCUCUUGGCUGCUGCUGAUGAAUUGAUUCUCACUGAACUUGUAAAUUAUUUGAAAGAUUACCUUUUAACAUAUUAUGAUAAAUGGAUUCGUCAGCAUCCACUUCAAAUUCUUUAUCAUAUCGCUUUUCGACUUGAUUCUUGUAAAGACCUUCAAGAUAUUUGUUUAAAAUAUAUUUGUGAAAAUCCAACUUCAGUUGCUGAUACGGGGGAAAUAAUUGGAGGUUAUAAUCCAGAAAGUUGGAAAGGUGGAUUUUUUGGUCAUUGGACUAAAUCAUUGGACAGCUUUAUUUUUUCUUUGGGAGUUGAAA